AUGUCGUCGGUGACCUUCUCAGAGAAUGCAGCCUUAGCCACACAGGCACCAAUUCUGUCUCCCGUGGCCACAGAGACAGAUAGCGCAUCGCGUGGUACAUUAGUAUUGGCGGACGGUACUACAUACAUUGGCUACUCUUUCGGUGCGGACAAGAGCAUCUCGGGCGAAGUAGUGUUCAACACGGGUAUGGUGGGCUACCCUGAGGCACUGUCUGACCCGUCUUACCGCGGUCAGAUCCUCGUGUUGACGUACCCACUCAUUGGCAACUAUGGUGUUCCUGACAUGAGUGUCACGGACGAGUAUAAUUUGCCUAAGUUUUUUGAGUCGGACUCUGUACAAAUCUCAGGCCUUAUUGUGUCUGAACACUCUUUCCAGCACAGCCAUUGGAACGCCGUCAAAUCUCUCGGCGAGUGGCUCAAAGAGCACAACGUACCAGCACUGUUUGGCAUCGAUACACGCAUGAUUACAAAGCGCAUUCGGUCCCUCGGUGCUGUGUUGGGAAAAAUUGAGUUCGAUGGUCAACCUUUAGAGAUCGACGAUCCCAACAAGAUGAAUCUGGUAGCAGAUGUGACCAUUAAGGAAGUCACAGUGUACAACAAGGGUGCUUCUCCCAAGAUCGUCGCAUUUCACUGUGGUAUGAAGCACAAUAUUAUACGAUACCUAGCUUCUAAGGGAGUAGAGCUCACGGUCGUUCCUUACGACUAUGAUCUGCCUAACAGCGAUUUGAAAUAUGACGGCAUCUUCAUCAGUAACGGUCCCGGUGACCCUACCAUGGCCUCUAAGACUAUUGAUUGCAUCCGCUGGGCUAUCAAUCAAGAAAAUCCAAAACCCAUUUUUGGAAUCUGUUUGGGUAACCAAAUUUUGGCCUUAGCCGCUGGGGCCACCACGUACAAGAUGAAAUAUGGUAAUCGUGGUAUGAAUCAACCGUGCAUUGAUAUGCGUACCACACGCUGUUACAUUACACCGCAGAACCACGGCUACGCAGUGGAUUCUGAUUCGUUACCUGAAGGCUGGAAGACUUUUUUCAUGAAUGCUAAUGAUAAGUCUAACGAGGGCAUCAUUCAUGAAACUAAACCCUUUUUCUCGGUGCAGUUCCACCCUGAAGCCUGUGGUGGCCCCACAGAUACGGCCUUUCUUUUUGACAUGUUUCUUGAGAAAGUUAAUAGCGCCCCUCCUAAACUUACGGUCUUGGACACAUCCCUUUACGACCGUCCGACAUUUUCCAAGGUGCUGCUGCUUGGUUCCGGUGGUUUAUCUAUCGGCCAGGCUGGUGAGUUCGACUACUCGGGCUCGCAGGCUAUCAAAGCUCUGCGUGAGGAAGGCGUGCACGUUGUUCUAGUGAACCCAAACAUUGCCACGGUGCAGACGUCCAAAGGGCUGGCCGACAAGGUAUACUUUGUUCCUGUUCGGGCUGAAACAGUGCUAGAAAUUAUCAAGAAAGAAAAGCCAGAUGGAAUUUUAGUGAGCAUGGGUGGCCAAACUGCUCUAUCCGUCGGUAUUGAGCUCUACUUAAACGGCGACCUCAAUCGCCACAAUGUUCGCGUUAUGGGUACGCAGAUCGAGUCUAUCAUUGACACGGAGGAUCGCGAAAAGUUUUCGGCUAAGCUUGCAGAGAUCGGUGAAACGAUCGCUUUAAGUCAGCCAGCGACAACCAUCGAAGGAGCACUAAAGGCUGCAAACGAGAUUGGUUACCCUGUGUUGGUGCGUUCGGCUUUCGCCCUGGGCGGUCUUGGUUCGGGUUUUGCUGCAAAUGACGAGGAGCUGCGUUUGCUAGCCACCAAGGCUCUGCACGGCUCAGCUUCCAAGGGCCAGAUCAAGCAGAUAUUGAUCGAUCAGGAUCUUCGUGGCUGGAAAGAAGUCGAGUACGAGGUUGUACGGGAUGCCAAGGACAACUGUAUUACAGUGUGCAACAUGGAAAAUUUUGACCCGCUGGGCAUCCAUACAGGUGAUUCGAUUGUUGUUGCUCCAUCUCAAACGUUGUCGAACAGCGAGUACUUCAAACUUCGCUCGACAGCGCAAAAAGUUGUUCGCCACUUGGGCAUUGUUGGUGAAUGUAACAUCCAGUAUGCAUUGGAUCCUAAGUCUGAGCGCUACUGCAUCAUUGAGGUGAAUGCUCGUCUUUCUCGCUCCAGUGCUCUUGCGUCAAAGGCCACCGGCUACCCGCUUGCAUACGUCGCGACCAAAAUCUCUUUAGGGAUCGACCUAGUGUCGAUCAAAAAUAGUGUAACAAAGACUACCACUGCCUGCUUCGAGCCUAGUCUGGACUAUUGUGUGGUCAAGAUGCCGCGCUGGGACCUCAAGAAAUUUUCGCGCGUGUCCAACGACCUAGGAAGCUACAUGCUUUCCGUCGGUGAGGUCAUGUCUAUUGGUCGUAACUUUGAAGAAUGCAUCCAAAAGGCUGUGCGAAUGGUAAAUCCAAAUUUGGACGGCCUCGAUGGUUGCGCCGUUGACAACGAAGCAAAUCCGAUAGUUCUCGACGCACAACUGAGCCAUCCGACUGACGAGCGGCUGUUUUACGUUAUCUCAGCCCUAGACGCCGGCUACACGAUCGAUCGUGUGCACGAGCUGACUAAAAUUGAUAAAUGGUUUCUGUCCAAGCUGGCGCGGAUUUCUUCGCUUCGCCAGUCGGUGCCUAAAUUUACUCUAGAUACGAUUAGCGAGCGCUUUAUGCGUACGCUUAAGGUGAACGGGUUUUCUGAUCGUCAGAUCGCCGCCAAACUACCCGGCACUAGUGCCAUGCAGGUACGCGAGCGACGUAAGCAGCUUGGAAUUGUGCCGUGCGUCAAGCAGAUAGAUACACUGGCUGCUGAAUUUCCAGCACAAACCAACUACCUAUAUAUGACGUAUGGUGGCUCAGAGGAUGAUAUUCCAGCAAGUGAAGAGGCCAUCGUGGUGCUUGGCUGUGGUGCUUAUUGCAUUGGUUCGUCAGUAGAAUUCGAUUGGUGCGGGGUCAGCGCUGUACGCACGGUGCGUGAGCUGGGCAAGCCGGCAAUCGUUGUCAACUACAACCCAGAGACAGUGAGCACGGACUACGAUGAAUGCGACCGCCUGUACUUCGAGGAGUUAAGUUUGGAGCGCGUGCUGGACAUCUGGGAUCGUGAGACUCCGGAAGGUGUGAUCGUCUCUGUAGGUGGCCAGAUCCCUAACAAUCUAGCGAUGCCGCUGUCCCUUGCCGGUGUAAACAUUUUGGGUACGUCUCCCGAAAGCAUUGACCAGUGCGAGAACCGCAACAAAUUUUCUGCUCUCUUGGACACACUGGGCGUAGACCAACCACGUUGGACUGAAGUCACGGACAUUGACUCUGCUCUCGCCUUCGCUGCGGAUGUGCAGUAUCCGGUUCUUGUUCGACCCAGUUAUGUGCUAUCGGGCGCCGGCAUGAUUGUGGCGUCAGACGAAGACCAGUUAAGGGUCUAUUUAAGCAGUGACGCCGUCAAAAUUUCGCGCUCAGUUACUGUGUCUAAAUUUAUUUUGAACGCCAAGGAGAUCGAGUUUGACGGUGUGGCUAAGGACGGUGCCAUUCUUAACUAUGCCAUGUCAGAGCACGUGGAGAAUGCUGGUGUGCACUCUGGAGACGCCACACUAGUAUUGCCUGCUCAAAAGCUGUACGUUGGAACGAUCAAGCAGGUGAAGCGCAUUGCCAGCGCAAUCGCACAAGCGCUUAACAUCACUGGUCCUUUUAACAUCCAACUCAUGGCUCGCGAUAACGACGUCAAGGUGAUCGAGUGCAAUCUUCGUGCCUCGAGGACGUUUCCCUUCAUUUCGAAAACCUUCGAUUUAAAUUUCAUUAAUUUGGCUACGAAGGCCAUGAUCGGUCUUCCGGUCAAAUCAGUGCCGAUCGCGUUGAUCGACAUUGAUUAUGUUGGCGUUAAAGCGCCGCAAUUCUCGUUCACGCGUCUUCAUGGUGCUGAUCCUAGUCUAGGUGUCGAGAUGGCCUCGACUGGUGAGGUGGCUUGUUUUGGCACAGACAUGCAUGAAGCGUACUUAAAGGCGCUAUUGAGUGCCGGAUUCAAAAUGCCCAAGGAAAAGCAUGUCUUGAUCUCCCUCGGCAGCAAGGACAUCAAGCGUGAGUUCGUAGAGGGUGCUUUGAUCCUGCAGGAGCUGGGCUACACGAUCUACGCUACACCUGGUACGCAUGAGUAUCUGGUCGCGCAAGGUGUAAAGUCUAUUGCCCUACGCAAGCCGUCGGACCCUGAGUGCGACUUACCGAGCGUGAUCGAGUACAUCUCGUCAGGCAAGAUUGAGCUGGUGAUUAAUGUCCCCGAGGGCUCGAAUCGCGAGGAACUGACGAGCGGCUAUAAGAUCCGCCGUGCGGCCGUAGACUUUGGUGUUUCACUCAUUAACAACAUCAAGUGCGCGCUGCUGUUUGUGCAGGCCAUCAAGAAGGUGCGCAAACUCGAAGUCUGCAACAUUUCCGAGUACUACGCAAUGCCCACGAUGGGCUGGCGCCCGGGCCAAAAACUUACGGCGCGUAAAAUGUCUAUUUUCUAG